GCGGGCCCGGCCGAGCUGGGGGCGGGGGAAGGCGGGGAGCCGGGUCGCCAGCGCUCGGGUCCGCCUCUGACUGCGGCGCGGCGGGGCGAUGUGUGAUUACCAUGGCGAGGAGUCUCUGUCCGGGGGCCUGGCUAAGGAAACCCUGUUACCUCCAGGCUCGCUUCUCAUAUGUGCGAAUGAAAUAUCUUUUCUUUUCCUGGUUGGUGGUUUUUGUUGGAAGCUGGAUUAUAUAUGUGCAAUACUCUACGUAUACAGAACUAUGCAGAGGAAAGGACUGUAAGAAAAUAAUAUGUGACAAGUACAAGACUGGAGUUAUUGAUGGGCCCGCAUGUAAUAGCCUUUGUGUCACAGAAACUCUUUACUUUGGAAAAUGCUUAUCGACCAAGCCCAACAAUCAGAUGUAUUUAGGGAUUUGGGAUAAUCUACCAGGUGUUGUGAAAUGUCAAAUGGAACAAGCACUUCAUCUUGAUUUUGGAACUGAAUUGGAACCAAGGAAAGAAAUAGUGCUAUUUGAUAAGCCAACUAGGGGAACUACUGUACAGAAAUUCAAAGAAAUGGUCUACAGUCUCUUUAAAGCAAAGUUGGGUGACCAAGGCAACCUCUCUGAACUGGUUAAUCUCAUCUUGACAGUGGCUGAUGGAGACAAAGAUGGCCAGGUUUCCUUGGGAGAAGCAAAGUCAGCAUGGGCACUUCUUCAAUUAAAUGAAUUUCUUCUCAUGGUAAUACUUCAAGAUAAAGAACAUACCCCCAAAUUAAUGGGAUUCUGUGGUGAUCUCUAUGUGAUGGAAAGUGUUGAAUAUACCUCCCUUUAUGGAAUAAGCCUUCCAUGGGUCAUUGAACUUUUUAUUCCAUCUGGGUUCAGAAGAAGCAUGGAUCAGUUGUUCACACCAUCAUGGCCUAGAAAGGCUAAAAUAGCCAUAGGACUUCUAGAAUUUGUGGAAGAUGUUUUCCAUGGCCCCUAUGGAAACUUCCUCAUGUGCGAUACUAGUGCCAAAAACCUAGGAUAUAAUGAUAAGUAUGAUUUGAAAAUGGUGGACAUGAGAAAAAUUGUGCCAGAGACAAACCUGAAAGAACUUAUAAAGGAUCGUCACUGUGAGUCUGAUUUGGACUGUGUCUAUGGCACGGAUUGUCGAACUAGCUGUGAUCAGAAUACAAUGAAGUGUACCUCAGAAGUGAUCCAACCAAACUUGGCAAAAGCCUGUCAGUUACUCAAAGACUACCUGUUGCGUGGUGCUCCAGUUGAAAUUCGUGAAGAAUUAGAAAAGCAGCUGUAUUCCUGUAUUGCUCUCAAAGUCACAGCAAAUCAAAUGGAAAUGGAACAUUCUUUGAUACUAAAUAACCUAAAAACAUUACUGUGGAAGAAAAUUUCCUACACAAACGACUCUUAGUUCAUUUGGACAUUGUGACCAUUUUAAGAAAUUUAGCACUUCAAAAGAAAAAUCUUGAACAUUUUUUUCUAAAUGGCUUGAUUCAAAUCCUUGCCAGUUAUCACAAAACUCCUUUCCCCUGAUCCUAAGGAAGCCAUCAUCUUAAAAUACAUGUUGAUUGCUGAAGUAAUGGCAGGAGGUAUAGGAUCAAAAGGUCCAAAAAUAUUCAUUCCUGCCCUUUUAGAAACGCUGGUACAUUUCCUAGUACAUUCACUGUGUAACUAUUUUGACUAAUGACUUAAAAAUGCUGUGAAAAGCCUCAUUCCAUAAACAUCAACGGUCAGAGUAUUUUGUAGAUUUGUUAGCCAAAAUAUCAGUGCUGGAAAUUGUGUUUGCAUUGAAGCUGCUGUUUAAAAAAGAAAAUUUAUAAAUUUACUAAUGUCUCAGCAUGGUAAAGUUUGCACAUUAACAGAAAUUAAGACUGCAAAGCAGGUAAAUUAAAAUUACUCCUUUAUAAACAGA